AGUAUCACUUGAUGCUAUCUCCAGGCCACAGCUACUACUUCAAUCCUACAGGGCGCUUCUGUUCAAGAACAAGUAGAUGAAACAGCUUCCCAGGACAGUAACUCUGAUACAGUUGCAAAAACCCCACCUCUUAAAAAUAGUGAGCUCAGUUCUUCUGCCCCACAAACACCAUUAGGAAGCCAAGCUAAUCCUGUUGCAGGUGUGGUUGUUGAUUCACCUGCAGUUACCGUGUCAACUGUGGCAGAGGAAGAGGAAACCGUCCCUUGUCAUAAACCAUCCAUAGCUCUUCCUGAAACUGGAUUAAGGGCUGUUAGUAGAGGUGCUCUGUCCAGCCAACCUUCUUCUACUAUCCCACUUAGUUCUGGUACUACAAUUUCCAGCAGUGGAGCCCUUGGAGCUCUCCCUUCAGCUUCUGAAAUGGGGAAAAGAAACAUUUUGGGUCCUGAUGAUAGAUUGGGGAAUGGCAGUAUGAUGCAGUCUCUUGUUUCCCCUGUGGGUAACAGAAUGGUCUUGCCACAAGCUGCCAAGGCUAAUGAUGGACUGGGCUCAGCAGAUACUGGUAAUGCUAGUGAGGGUGGAGUUAUGGGUGGCAGGGUUUUUUCUCCAUCCGGAGUUGCUGGUAUGCAGUGGAGGCCUGGAAGUUCCUUUCAGAACCCAAAUGAAGCGGGGCAGCUCCGUGGCAGAACAGAGAUUGCUCCUGAUCAGAGAGAGAAGUUUCUGCAAAGAUAUCAGCAGGUACAGCAACAUAGUCAGACUAAUCUUCUUGGGAUGCCUUCUCUUGCAGGAGGAAAACAGUACGCCACUCAGCAACAGAACCCACUCUUGCAGCAGUUCACUUCUCAAAGCUCAUCAGUCGCUCCUCAGCUUAGUUUGGGAGUUAGCGUCCAAGCUGCAGGUCUUAACAAUGUUAUAUCACCCACUUCAUUGCAGCAGCAGCCAAGUGCAGUCCAUCAACCAUCUAAUCACCAGGCGCCAAUGUCCACAAUAUCUAGGGAGGCUGAUGCAGGACUCACAAAAGUUGAGGAGUUGCCGGAGCAACAAGCUAUUUCUGAAGGAUCAGCAGCAGAAUCUGGUUCAAACUCUGUGCUUGGGAAGAAUCUCAUGCAAGAGGAUGAGUUGAAACAUUCUUACACUUUGGAUGCACCUCAAGCUGGAGUUGCUGGCUCACUUGCUGAAACGUCUCAGGUGAUGAGGGAUACUGAUCUUUCUCCAGGGCAACCUUUGCAAUCUAAUCCACCUUCUGGAACUCUUGGUGUUAUUGGUAGAAGAAGUGUCUCCGACCUUGGUGCCAUUGGUGAUAGUAUCACUGCGUCAGCUGCAAAUCCUGGAGGAUUUCAUGAUCAGUUGUACAAUUUGCAGAUGCUGGAGGCUGCAUACUAUAAACUUCCUCAACCCAAAGAUUCUGAGCGUGCUAAGAGCUAUACCCCAAGACACCCUGCAGUCACCCCUUCAAGCUUUCCUCAAGUACAGGCACCUAUUGUCAAUAAUCCUGCCUUCUGGGAACGCCUUGGAUCUGAUACUUAUGGCACCGAUACUCUAUUUUUUACAUUUUACUACCAACAGAAUACUUACCAGCAAUAUCUGGCUGCAAAGGAAUUGAAGAAGCAAUCUUGGAGAUACCACAGAAAGUACAACACAUGGUUCCAACGACACGAGGAGCCAAAAGUGGCCACAGAUGAUUUCGAAAAGGGGACAUAUGUGUACUUUGAUUUCCAUGGCAAUGAUGAACAACAUGGAUGGUGCCAGAGAAUCAAGACUGAGUUCAUAUUUGAAUACAAUUUUCUGGAAGAUGAACUUAUCGUGUAGAAUCUGAAUAUAGCAUCUUCUACCCUGUCCAUCAUUCUAUGCUGGUUCAAACCGUUCCGAACCCGCCCAACUUCAAGUAACAUGUACGUUUAUAUGUUACUUUCAUUGACACAGUAUGGCCAUUUGGAUUUACAAAUGUUAUUUGCUUUUCUCAAUUAACUCCAUGGGGACUGAUCAAUGCAUUUUAUACUAUGAAGCAUCUUGAUAAACCAGCUAAUAGAUAACCCUAUUUAGUUAGUUGAACAAUCAUGUUAGCUUGGAUAAAAUUGUACAUAAAAAUAAUUCUCAUCUCAUGAGACUUUUUAAUACGAUGUUUAAUUAAUGUGUUCUUA